UGAUAUUUAAGGUACUGUACUAGAAUAAGACAUUAAGGCUUCUGUAGUACUCAGUAAUACAGUUGUAGACAUUAUAGAGUAGGCUUUAAUAGGAGGUAUUAAGUGCUGUAACUAAUGAAUUAUUAUCUGGGAAAGUGGGUGGCCCUACCUUGGGAAAUAGUUAAUAAAAGGGAGUGUUUAGGAAAAAUAAAUAAAUAGUGGCAUGGAAACAAAUGGACUGUUUCUCCCUGGAAUAUAGAGAUAGCCAAAUUUAAUAAAGCCAUAGAGUCGCUGAAAGAAGCGCACGUUAAUUCUACCAAUUCGGCUUGAAUAUGAAAGAGCAAACUGGAUAAUGUAGGGCAACAUUACCCGGUAAACAGGAUAAAUAAAAUAAUGAAUUGGAACAAUCACAUAAAACCAUAACAAGAAGCUUAACUUACCAGCGUUUUAAUGAUAAUUAACAUUCUAUCAUCAGAAAAUACAUUACGAUGGGGACAGAUAUGAUUCUGCUUGCCCUCGCAGAUGUGCGAGUGGUUUGCAGAGCUAUAGAAGUGGAGUGAUACAUUGGAAUGAUAUAAGUAAUUGAAUAAAAGGUAUAGUCUGUUGUGCGAUAACACCCAAGGAUGAAGAAGAAAGAGAAGAAAGAGAAGAAGGAGACCAACAUGGGUAUAGAGCGAAACGGAUGGACGUUUUCCCCAGGUUUUAAUUACAUUACAAAUAGUGGUAAUUUAUUGCAAAUAUGCAGUUAUUAUAAUUUACUUUACAAUUUUUUUCUUGUUUGGUCAAUGUAUUUUUGUUUUGAGGAAAAUAAGUGUGUAUAUUGUUCCUGAGGAGGGACUGAUAUAAAUUGACUAAAAUUUGAGAAUGUUUAAGUAUGUAUCAAACUAUGGAAGGAAAUUAGGAAUAGUGACUUAUGUGUUAUGGGCUAGAAAAAACUGUAACUACAUUGGGGGCUCAUACAUGAAGGUUAUGGUAGCGGAGGGGUGUUAUUUCUAGAAACAAUGUAUAUUAAUAGACAAGAUAACUCACAGAAAAGGAAGGACAGUUGGUCUUGUAAAAAUAUAGGGAUAUAAAAUAUAGGGACAAUUCUAAAAGUAAAUAGAACAUUACACAUACCUAGACUAUGGUAAAGGUAAUAAGUAGUGGCAUUUUGAACACUAGAGCAAACGGUUUAAGAAACGUAUGACUUAGUUUUGCUAGGAUUGGAUAUUCUUCCAACUGGAAGACACUUGACUGAUUACAUGUUAUUCUUACAGCAGUUGCUGUAGGCACCAUAAUUUGGCUAUCAUUAUGAAUAUUUUUGUGGCAGGAGGCCAGGUAUUUGAGACAGAAUGUUUACAUAGGGCUGUUAUUUAAAGAUUAAGAUUUAGUGCUCUUGCUAUAAGAAAGUCUGUUGUCAGGAAAUAACCCAUGUGUUAGUGUGUAUGUCCUCAGGAAAAAACAGCACAUAAGAGGCCAGAUGGAAGGGCAUGGGCUGAAUUCUGGAGACUGAGUGUACAUCAAGAUACACCAGGCUGGGGAUAUACUUCUUACAGCACCUGCAGUGAAAGAAGGCAGAAACCUGAACCAGGAUGAGAGGUUCCACAUCUGAUGAUCCAAGGGGACCAGAAGGACCUCUCCCAGUGAUACCAGGAGAUCUAGUCUACGUUCGAGUGUUCCGGAGGAAGUGGGAUCAACCGAGGAGAGAAGGACCCUACGAGGUGGCUGCAGCAACAAACACGGCCGUCCAAGUGAAAGGAAGCAAGACGUGGUACCAUCUGAAUCACUGCACCUGAGUCCCAACAGAAAGAAGGACACAACCAUAUAGAGAUGAGGACACAGAGGAUGCUGAUUCACCAGGAGGGAGCCCGGAGGGAACAGGAACAGCAAAAGCAAUCAAGACGCCAGGGAGGAGCCGAGAGAACAGCAGACCAAGUGAAAGCCAAAAUAUGACAGGUGCAUCGCCUAAUGCACCCAGAAGAAGACGAAGGAGAGACAGCGCUGGAGAGAGAACCUGCGAACAACCAGAAUUCUCUCCUGUGGGGCCAGAGAGUCCAGGGUUGGGAGGGAGUAACAUGCCUGCUACUCUUGAUGACAUACCUGUUGUGGCAGACCUCUUUGACAGAAGCCCUCCACCGUGGGACCCCGAAGUACCACCUACAGAAUGGGAACAUCUCUUCCCUAAAAUGUACACCCUUCCAGAUGGAAGUUCAGUCCGGCCUGAGGAGGGAGCCUCAGGGGAAGAAAGAGGAGGAGAGGCCUCACAAGGAACAGAAGGAGAGACCCCACAAAGAGGAAAAGUCCCGCAAGCUGAAGAAAAUGGGGAUUUCCCCACAAUUGACUUUUCAACUCUUGAAUGGUCCCCUUUUAACAGACAAUUGAAGUUAGAACGACAGAAGAACAAAGGCAUUGACAUAGCAAAAGUAAUAGUGAACACUAGUACAGAAACAACAGACUCACACACAAUCAAGAAGUAUGGUGGAAACAGGAAGAGAAGAGAGGAAUCAGCCAAACAAUCCAAAAAGACUGACAAGGUUAGAAUCUCUGUUCCACCUCAACACAUAACUGAAACAGGUGAACAGAAGACAAUCUCAAUCAAAAGGAUCAAGCCUCUACCUGAGAUUGCAUUCUGUGGAGGGACACAUCAUCAAACGAAGGGAGAAGUCAUAUGGGAUCCGAAAGGAAGUGACCUGACAUUAAUCAAAGAAGAAGACGAGUGGGUGCUCAUCAUGAACAAGAUUGAACCAGUGGAAGGUGAGGAACAUAUAGUUGAAAUAACAAGAACAACAGUGACCGAAGGGAGUAGCACCAUGGUCAUUAAGAUUGAUCCCACCCCUGCACCUGAACAGGAAGAACCUGUGACAACUAGAACAACGACAACAACAAUGGUGGCAGCUGCUGUGAAGACCACAGUAGCUACCACUAAGAUAACAUCAACUGCCCUUACCAAGCAGUCCAUUGUACCCACAAAGAAACCUGAAGCAUCAGAACCAGGAGGGUUCUUUACUGACAUUUGGAACUUUUUGACAAACUCUAAUGAUAUACCUCAAGACAAAAACAUUGUAGAAUCGACAGAUAUCUCUCAAGAACCACUCAAGAACACCACACGAGAAGAAGUAGUGAAGAACGAGUGGUACGAAUGGGCUAAGUAUACUGCAAACAAACAUAGGAUGGACAAUUGUAUUUUGUGUAGCAAAUCACCUUUGUCUGAUCCUUUGAUAGUACCUGAACUUGCAUAAUUUGAAGAAUGUGUUAAAUGUCAAAUGUUCAAUGUAUUCAGAGAAAAUACUACAUUCCUUUGUGUAACACAGAAUGCAGUUUGGCACUAGGUAACACUAAAGGCAGAAGUGAAUUAAAUAAAAAUAUGUUGGGAGAACAUGAAUGUGCAACAUAAGAACUGAAUUGAAUGAUCCUCAUAAUGAUAGGUUUACUAUUGUAAAAAGAAAAGACAAAAGAAAAAUUAAUGUUUUUA